UAAAGGCGUCACCAGAGAGCAAAGGGGUUUAUCAGAGGGUGAAGGGGUCACCAGAGGGCGAGGGGGUCACUGGAGGGGUCACUGGAGGGGUCAGUAGAGGGCGGACUAGAGUCCCAGCACAGAUGUGCACUAUUGGCCAGUUAGAAAGGAACCCAGCACCAGCUCCAUACUCAUGGUUUAGUUUUAAAUCACUCCUGAUUGUCUGAAAUAACGGUGACUUUUAUACUUUUCUUUUACAUAAAGUAUUUUAUUUAGAAUUUUUUAGAUUUAGAUUUCUAUAUUUAUUGCCUGUCUUGUUGUCGUUGAGCAGCCCAGUUUCAUUCACCAUGCCCAAGUCCUUUGUGUGCAAGCUCACUUGGCAAUUAAAGUGUCCUGUAUUCUGAUCAGGUCUAAGAGCCCGUCUAACGCAGAAGCUCUCAGGGUUCACUUAUUGUUGUGUGCAGUGGAAAGUUUUCGGUGCAUCUAAAUUAAAAAAAUUUUUUUUGUUUACAAACAAUGUAAAAUGUUAGUCAGAGUCCUGGUAUUUUUUUCUGGAAUAAAGGAGGAGACUUCAUCCCAGCAGCUUAAUUAAGGUACUUCCUCGUCUCCUCCUACAAGCUCCAGCCACUGUCAAAGUUUCAUUUACCAGGAAACCAAAACCUAAAGGCUAUCAGACUGCUCACCAGCAAACACAGAGAUCAGACCCUUGAAAGCUGCAGACUCAUGCAGGAUGAUGAAGGUCUCAGGAAGAGUCCCGGUGUGCUGCGUCACUCUGAUCCUCGUCCUGACCUCUGUAUCAGCUGUACAAAGACUCAACUCCAUCAGUGAUCUGAAGACAGUCGGUUUCGGCCAGUCGGUGCCCACUGAAGCUCUCGUGCUGCUCCACUGGUUUGCCAACACAGUGACCAUCGACAGUUACAACAUGAUAAGCCUCAACUUUGACCCAGACAACAGUGACUAUGGCGCACAUCAUUACGGCAACUAUGAAGGGCUGCUGGACCCGCUGGGAAACGCCCGAUACCGAUACUACACCAUCGGUAACAUCUACCAGGAGGGAGGGAUGCCACUUCCGCCUCAUGUUGUCCGCCCUCGGUACGAAUACGCAGGACGAAACAGGGCUCGAAUCAUCGUCAGAGUCAGGCAGCAGAACGUGGGAAGACAAGGUUUACAGAUAAUAGACGAAGUCUACAUCACACAGCAUCAUGAGAAUGGUCAUAAUUGGGGGACAGAGUAUGAUCCAGAUCAUACAUAUCUGGUCACCACGAACCUCCUGAGACAGAUCAGACAGUUCCCCAUGAACGGAGACCUGCGGCUACUGACGGAUCUCAGAAACCGCUUUGGAAGCCGCGCUGAUGAUUCCCAGUUAAGGAGUAUCAUAAAGUCAUGGAGCGACCUCGCCUGUCUUGGACUGUUGUUGUUUAUCGUUGUCCAGGAAGGCUUCUACUCUAGCCGACUCCAAUAUCAGUCAGCAGCAACAAGAAGAAACUCUAAUGAUGGUUGGAGCAAUGACUGUGUGAUAAUUGCUGUUCUGUUACUGAUCUUGGCUUUGGUUGCUCUAAUAUUAGGUAGCAUAAGUGUCCACCAAGCAUGAGAGGGCACGUUGCUGGAUCCCACAUCUCAACCAGAUUGUAAUGAUGCUUUUUUAUGAUGAUAUGGAGCACGAACCUGGGAGGAAGUUGAACUGGAACAGAGAAUCAAGUGAUUACACCACUAUGAUACCACCAGGGCUGCUCUUUUGUUCUGCUGUAUGCUUUCGCUUUUCUGUGUCCUUUAUCAGUUUGUUUUGUACAUAUUGCUUUGUUAAGAUUGAGAUGUAGGCUCUGUAUGGCAGGCCUGGUAAUGUAGAUGACAGUGUGUGCUGUGAUGGUUUCAGUCUAUAGGACCAAAGAGAUGAGGACGUCACCAGUCGUCAGAGUGGCAUCGUAUUUACUAGGACUGACACUGACACAGGUUUAUCUUUGAUGAUGGCGUGUUCACCACAAUAAACCUGGUUAUUUGGAGCGUCACAGAUCAAUAUGCAGAACUGUUGUUUGUUAAACAGCUUUUGUUCAUUAUAGAAGUACUUUCACUCCAAGGCGGGUCUUGUUUGUGAUGAUGCUCUGCUCUGGUUUCAGUUCUGCCAUAAUGCUGAGUCAUCAUGUCUCAUCUAGGAGUGCCGAUUCAUGCUUUGUUUUGAUUGAUAAAUGACAACAAUCAGAGUCAGCAUUUACAGUGUGAUUACAUUUUAAUUACGAUUUUGUAUUCUUUUUGUACUGUGGAAGGUUGUGUUUUCAAUAAACCACGUUAUUGGUG